CUCCUGCUCUCGAGCAAACAGAGUCGAGCGAUCCUGCAGGCCUUGACGCGUUGCUUUGUCUAUAAUAACCAGAGAAAACCUCCUGUGCUUCCCCCCUUUCUCCGCGCCAAUGAAGCGUCAAUUUCUCCCUAUCGACGCUCUUUCCGCGUGGACAAAGCUGAACGGCGUAUCCUUCGAAGGGGUCGAAGUCAGACGACUCCAUACGGAAGAUGGGAUUGGCAAAGGUUCUGCGGUAUUUGCCACGCGUAGCAGAGUCGCCAAGGACUUUGUACCCGGACAAAAUCAAGGGGCUGUUGAGCCGGAGAUACUGAUGAGUAUUCCGGCAGAUUUGGUUCUGUCUUUGAAUUUGGUAGACACAUACGCGAAGUCGGAUAUGGAUCUGAGGGAGGUUUUAGAUGCUAUGGGGGAGUUUGGGAGGUCAGCUCGAGGCGCCAUAUUGAUAUAUCUUCUCCUUGCGCUCACCCAUUUGAGUCAUGAUUCUUCAAACGAAUCGAAAGGUCAAGUCGGCCUAUGCAAUCCGUGGACAGGGUAUGUUCAAUUCUUGCCAGAAUCAUAUACCCUGCCGACAUUCUAUACCGACGGCGAGUUUGAAAUACUGCAAGGAACAUCAUUGAAACCGGCCUUGGAGGCUAAACUGGAUUCUCUUGAACGAGAAUUUGAGCAGUUACGCGAAUCGACCAAAGAUAUUGCCUGGUGCAAGACAAAUUGGUGGCACGGAGAGACUGGCAAGCUUACUUUCUACGACUGGAAAAUUGUCGACUCCAUGUAUCGGUCUCGCGCGCUGGAGGUUCCGGGAAUAGGACAUGCAAUGGUGCCUUGUGUUGACAUGGCGAACCACGCAUCGGGUGAGGAUACUAAUGCGAUGUACGAUGUUGAUGGGAAUGGCAAUGUCGUGCUCCAGUUACACUAUGGGCAGAGGCUCGAGGAAGGCGACGAGGUUACCAUUACGUAUGGAGAUGAGAAAGGGGCCGCAGAAAUGAUCUUCUCCUAUGGGUUUCUUGAAGACACAGUCUCAGAUGCGCGGCAGCUGUUUCUCGACCUACAAAUUCCAGACGACGAUCCAUUGAAACCGGCAAAGCUGAUGGUGUGUGAUGAUCCUCCCGGCGUCCGACUUUUCUUAGCCUCGAGCCCAGGGAUGGUGACCAAAAUUAAUUGGGAAAGUCCUUUCGUUUGGUGGGCAUGUGUCAAUGAAGAGGAUGGCCUUGGUUUCGAGGUGGUACAGGCCAAUAACGGUGAAAGAGAGAUAAAAGCAGCUUGGAAGGGUGAAGAGAUCGAAUCAUCCGAGAAAUUACGUGAUCUACUCCAGCGCGAACCGCUAUGGGACAUAUAUCAACUUCGUGCUACUGUAAUAGUGCAGGACCGGGUUGCCACUCACCUCGAGUUACUGCAAGAAAGCGGCGAAUACGUACAAGAAUGGCGUGAGAAAGUCGAUGGAGCUACAAUUCGGCCUUUGGUUUGGGACACCGUCAUGAAACUGCGUGAAAUUGAGAUGGACUUCCUUGCUAAAGCAAACGAUCAAUUAGAAGAUAGGAAGUUAGAGCUGGCAAACACCCCCGUAGUCCAACAAUACCUGAGACAAUAUAGCCCCGGGGCCGAUAUAGCAGAGGACUUUUCUUAAGGCCAUGGGUAUGACACAGAUACCGCUGUGACGAAUUUUUUUUUCCGUCUUGGCAUUGGUCUCGAACAAUGAUACUCCGUACGGAGUACCCUGACCUAAUUUAGGGCUGAGAGCGCAUCCAAAGGAGAACCGGAGUUCGCUCCAAGCACUGCUAGCACCAGCAACGAUAACGUUUCUUUCUAUGAAAACUCCGUACUCCGUACUGUACUCCGUAGUGCUUAUCCAUUGCCCAUCCGCGUUCACACUUCAAUUUCGGGGAUGCGCCCGGUGCCAUAAACCAGAAAGAGCUCCAAAGGUUGCGAAGAUUUCCAAGUUUUACGGUAUCGAUUCCACAACAUAAUCCAGGUCGCUGGAUUGGCCAAGAAUCAGUGGUGCUCUGGAAGCCCCUGGAUGGGGAUGGUCAGAGCAACGGGAUUUUCACUGCGGCCGACGAGAAGCCCCAUCAAAAAAGAAGCUAUUGCGGAGUUCUUCUUCGCUCUAAUCGGCAUCCACCAGCUCUACCCCCACAUUCAGGAAUCCAUUUUCAAAAAUCGUCGUGGCAAAGGGAAGAUAUUCAGGGGACCAA